GAAUUUAAUCGACACAGUUAUGUCUAACAAUUCUAUUCUUUUUCAUGAGGAUGAGCUUUAGAGUAAUGGUGUAUUGGGUGUACCCGUUAGCUCAGGUUUGCCCUCCUUGAUCGCUUUUGUUUGUAUCUUCUCGGUUGUUAAAGGUUGCUAUUUCGGCUAGAAGAAAAGAGAUUAGCUUGAUUUUAAUGGGCUGAAUUUUAGAAAAGUUUGAGUUGAUUCAAAUAGAUUGUUAUGACGAGUGUUUCUUUUACGCUAAAAGCUCCCUUUAAUACCUUUUGGCGGCCGGACUUUGAAUCAUAGUUAGACCCAGACAUAUAUGUAAAGAAUUUUUAAAAAAGUCCGCCAUCCCUUUGCUAAUAAGCGUAUCUGUCAGUGGUUCUUCGGAUCGAUCAUAAAUUCUCGGCUCCGUUGUUUGUCUUCCACUCCAGUUGACCUCUCUUGUUUCCACCUCCCUGUGAGAAGGUAGAGAGCAAAAGCAUUUACUUUCUGCCAGGCUUGCUGAACUUCUUCUUGUGACUGACAUGGCAAAAGUAAUCCGUCGAACUCUCGCCGAUAGAGGGCAUCGUUAAAAGCAUACGAUCUUUUAAUCCUGAUAGGUUUCGCCGUCGACCAUUUGAUAGCCCUGUUCCUGACGAGCCCUUGAGGUAGAAGGGUUAAAAUUCCUGAAAUACUUAGCACUUCGAAGGCUUGUCUUCUAUUCUACAGCCUCUGAACAUUGGACACCAAGUGCUUGAUCAUUUUCCGGAGAGAGAAGGCAGUAAUUUCAGAGAAUGGCAAAUAGCAAAUACGAAUACGUUAAGUCAUUCGAGGUUGAAGACGAAGUAAUGCCUCCCAAUCUGAUCGUCGUUCAUAUCGACGGGCGCGAUUUUCGUAGAUUUUCUGAAGUUCAUGAGUUUGAGAAGCCGAAUGACGAGAAAGCCUUAAAUUUGAUGAACCAAUGUGCAAUGGCUGUUUUAGAGGAGUAUCCUGAUAUUGUCUUUUCUUAUGGAUAUGGCGAUGAGUACAGUUUUGUUUUGAAGAAGACAUCAAAAUUCUACCAGAGGCGAAGCAGCAAGAUCUCCUCCGUUGUUGUGUCAUUCUUUACUUCUGUAUAUGUCACAAAAUGGAAAGAAUUCUUUCCCCUUAAGGAAUUGAGGUACCCACCCUCAUUUCUUUCACAAAUUGUAUGCUGUGCAUCACUAGAGAUUCUUCAAGCAUAUCUUGCAUGGAGACAAAGAGAUUGUCAUGUUCAAAAUCAGUAUAAUACUUGUUUCUGGGAGCUUGUGAAAAAAGGUGGAAAAACAGAAAUGGAAGCACAAGAAAUUUUAAAGUAUGCUAAAGAACAAGAUAGAAAUGAACUUCUCCAUCAACAGUUUGGUAUUAACUACAAUGGUACUCUUGCAUUGUUUCGUCAAGGAACUUGUAUUUUCAAGACUGAGGUGGAAGAUAUUGUAAAGUACAAUGAAGAUGGAACGCCAGUGAAGAGGUUGCGGAGAAAGGCAGGUAUUUUCCGCUCGGAAAAUAUAGCUGGGAGAAGAUUUUGGAAUGCACAUGCAAGUCUUCUUAAAGAGCUGGGAAAUUUCUCUGAGGAUUGUUUCAAAACAAACCCUGAUUACAUCAGAUCCUUUCUGUUUGAGAGCAAGCUGAUGCCAUCUACUUGGAUUGUAAUUAGAAUAGAUGGCUGCCAUUUUCACAGAUUUGCUGAUGUUCAUGAAUUCAGUAAGCCUAAUGAUAAGCAGGCUCUGGGUCUUAUGAAUUUAUGUGCGGUGGCUGUGUUAGAAGAGUUCCAUGAUAUUGUUUUCUGUUAUGGAGUUAGUGACGAGUACAGCUUUGUUUUGAAGAAGGAUUCUCAGCUCUAUCAAAGGCGAGCUAGCAAAAUUGUUUCUGCCAUUGUAUCCUUUUUCUCUUCGAUGUAUGUAAUGAAAUGGAAAGAUGUCUUCUGGAAGAAAGAGUUGAAGUACCCUCCAUCUUUUGAUGGACGAGCGGUUUGUUAUCCAUCAAAUGAAAUACUACAAGAUUAUCUGGCUUGGAGACAAGUUGAUUGUCAUAUCAAUAAUCAGUACAAUACCUGUUUCUGGAGUCUUGUUAAAUCGGGAAAAAGCAAAAGCGAAGCUCAAAAUUACCUGAAGGGCACUCAAGCACGUGAAAAAAAUGAAUUGUUGCUUAAAGAGUUUGGUAUCAACUACAACACAUUGCCACUGAUGUUCCGGCAGGGCUCUUCCAUUUUCCGUGUUAAGAGAGAAAACCCCACACUGCUAGAGAAUGAUGCUUCCUCUGUUGAGAAAACAGAAACUAAAAUAGUUACAGAACAUUGUAAUAUAAUUGAGCAGAGCUUCUGGGAAGCACAUCCAAGCAUCUUGGAUUAAAGGCUCCCAGAUGCUCCAUAGAUUUUAAGGCUGUCUUGUUUUUCUUUGCUUUUAAAAAGAAACCAACUGUCAUUAUUUUAAUUUAUCUCAUUUAUCUUAUUUGUCA